GACGAAGAGAAAGAGGAGGACGAGCCGGACUUCCCGGAUGUCAAGCUGGACGAGCUGUUAGAAGACUUUGACGAGAUGACGCUCGGGGAUGAUGCGUAAUUUUAUGGCCUGCAUUUAUCCCACCAUCUACACCGUAUCUUGUUGUUCACGCUGUGUGAGGUACACGCAUAUACGUGCACUGGGGUAUCAAAUUCGCGGAAAUCAAAAUGGGCGUAGCUCAUGCGAUCGUUGUCAAACCGCGACUAUUGUCAGGGAUGUGUCGCUCAGUUGCUCAUGAAAGAUGAAGACCACACCUUUCAAGGCUCGCUGCAGUCCGCAGGCACUGCGUUCCAAUCGAGGCGCCUAGGCUACCAAGUACCUUUCUCGAUAAUGAACCUUGACCGGCGCUAUGGCUGGAAGCAGGAGUCCUUCUUCUUGGCCGCACUAACAUUCACCCUCGUCAUGUGCUCUAUGGAUAGUGUUACGACUGCAAAUAGCCAUCUUUGAAUACAGCAGUGUGGUCCUGUA